AAUAAUUGCUGCAAAAUACAACAGUCUGCGCUACUAAUGUCCUUCAAAGAAAGGGAUUUGCUGUAUCGUCUUAUCAUUAGUCAACUGUUUUAUGAUGGUUUUCAGACUAUGGCUGUUAAUCUGGUUAAUUUAGUAAGUCCUUCAGCGGCAUGUGGUCCAUCCAAUCGCCUAUUCCGUCUCGUAAAACUUGGCCUUUCUGCUUCUGAAGAGUUAUUUCAGUUGAUUUUGUAUUCACUGCCGGAUUUUAGAGUCUGUCUAUCAUAAUCUUUCAUUGUGUAUUCUAAUAAAAAUGUCUCAGUCUUCAGUCGUGGUGAUAAUAGUUUAAUUGAAAUAUAUUAAUCCUUACUAUCCAGUUUUUCUUUAAAAGCGUCCAUCAAUGGAUCUGAUUUCACCUGUUUGAGUGGGCUGAAGUCGUAAAUCUGACCAAAUCAUUUGUAACUCACUGAAGUUAACUGGUAUUUAUAGCAGUAGUGCGAAUUUCACCAGAUAUCUGAUGAUUGGCUUUGCUUAAGAUCUACUUAAAGUAGACUCGUCCACAUGUAUGAUAAUCAACUGUUUGUCGGUUUCACAUGUCUGUUUGUGCCCAGGUAAAAAUCCACAUUUAACUUCAUGGACAGUCCCAAGUAUUAAAGUUUGGUAGGUUUACAUAAAUUUACACAUAAAUAUGGGCUCUGAGGUAAAUCUUUUCGGUUUUAUAGGACUGAAGGAGUAGUUGUAAAUCGCAAGAUUUUUGGCGUCAUAGUGGCUAAGUAGUCAGAAGGUCUGAUGGCAUUCUUCGAGUACCUGAAUGCUUUCUAAAUAACUAUUACAAUUUCUUCCACUUAUCACUGUUCACUCACAAUGGUCAUUCUAUUAAAUGAGCAUGAAAAGUCAGGCGUUAUUGAAGGUGAAAGUAUUGCCCCAGGCACGGGAAUCGAUCUGGAAGUUGAGAGUGAAAGUUCUACAAUGGCUCCUGAGGCAGCUCUAUAUGAAACUUGUUAUGUAACGGCACAUAAGGCAGCCUGUCGUGCAGCAUCCUUUAAUAGCACAGGUCAGUUAGUUGCAACAGGAUCUCAUGAUUCUUCGAUCAAGAUACUUGAUGUUGAACGAAUGCUAGCCAAAAGUGUCUCACCAACUGACCAUUUAGGUCAAGAGACACCUCAACAACAAAUGGAGACUCAUCCAGUUAUACGAACACUUUAUGAUCAUACAGCUGAAGUUACAUGUGUAGAUUUCCAUCCAGAUCCAACGCUGCAAAUCCUUGUUAGCGGAAGUAAAGAUUAUACAAUCAAACUGUUUGACUUCUCAAAUCCAUCUGUUAAAAAAGCUCAACGAAAUAUUCCGGAAGCUUCCCCAAUACGAACUUUACAUUUUCAUCCAUCUGGUAACUUUUUACUUGUUGGCACUCAGCAUAAAACACUUCGUUUAUAUGAUGUACAAACCUGUCGUUGCUAUGUAUCAGCCGUUCCAGAAGACCAACAUCUUAGUGCAGUUAAUAUGGUUCGGUGGUCACCGAAUGGAACUGCUUUUGUUACUGCUGGGAUGGAUGGCAGCUUCAAGAUUUGGGAUGGAGUUUCAUGUAGAUGUGUUAACACAUUUGAAGCUGCACAUGAUGGUGCACCUGUGUGUUCUGUAGUUUUUUCACGUAAUGGAAAAUAUAUCCUUAGUUCCGGUAAAGACAGUGCAGUUAAAUUAUGGGAAUUAGCCACUGGACGAUGUCUUAUAACCUAUACUGGAGCAGGUACAGUAGGACAUCAAACACAUAGAUCAAUGGCUGUCUUUAAUCACACAGAAGAUUAUGUAUUAUUCCCAGACGAAGCAACAAAAAGCCUGUGUUGUUGGGAUUCACGUAAUGCUGACAGACAGCGUUUAUUAGCCCUUAAUCAUAACGGGCCAAUCCGAUGUUUUGUACAUUCACCAACAACAGCGGCAUUUAUGUCCUGUAGUGAUGAUAAUCGUGCAAGAUUUUGGUAUAAACGUCCUAUAUCAGACUGAAAUUAUUGUAACCAUAACAUUGGACAGACUGCUUUAUUUUGUACAAACCAAACUGUUUUAUUAUUAAUUGUUUAAAAAAAGAAAUAAAGCAUUGUUAAUUGUUAAACUAACAUUUUAUUCAAAUUAAGUAGACAUUCUUUUACAUGACUGGUU